AUCAAGCACCUAGGCAUGGAGACUGCUUCUACAAACAUUUGUGAAAGAAUGAGUUGAUCUCAGGAGCUCAGCGAAUUCAACCGUGGUACAGUGAUAGGUUGCCACCUGUGCAAUAAGUCCAUCCGUGAAAUUUCCUUGCUACUAAAUAUUCCACAGUCAACUGUUAGUGGUAUUAUAACAAAGUGGAAGCAACUGGGAACAACAGCAACUCAGCCACAAAGUGGUAGGCCACGUAAAAUGACAGAGCGGGGUCAGCGCAUACUGAAUCGCACAGUGCGUAGAAGUCAACAACUGUCUUCAGAAUCAAUAGCUAAAGAGCUCCAAACGUUGUGUGCCUUUCAGAUUAGAACAACAACAGUGCGUAGAGAACUUCAUGGAAUGGGUUUCCAUGACCAAGCAGCUGCAUCCAACCCUUACAUCAGCAAGUGCAAUGCAAAUAGUGUAAGGCAGGCUGCCACUGCACUCUAGUGCAGUGGAGACAUGAGAAUGGUACUUGCCUGACUGCAUUGUUCCAGGUGUACAGUUU